AAAGAAAGUAAAAAUGGGAUUUUAUUUUUUGCCUUUACAUGCCCUUUAAGGCACCGGUUGAGCAAUGACAAUUCUGAAUAAUAUCAAAACAUGGUUGAUAUGGUGACUACAAGCAAAUAAAAAGACAAAGGGGGAAUUAUUCCUGUGGGUUUCCCUCUUUCCUGCAAAUCUAGACUUCCCCUCUGACAAUAUCAGCUUUGUCUCCUCACAUGUUUGAGCUCAUAGGAGGAUAGGAGCUAGCAAUCACUUCUCUAAUCCUCAUAUACAUCUCUGAACUCACCUUCUAUUCUCUGAUUCUUGUGCCAGGAUGAGCUGCUCACUAGGAUUCCCUCUGAGAGGUCUCUGCCUGCUGUUUUUGUUCUCCUGGUCAGUAGGCAAAUAUGUUGUUCCAGAAAGACUCAGACAUGUUGCAAAGUGUGGAGGUCACACUGGGAGGUGCCCCAAAAACUCAACUUGUGAGCCAACCAGAUGGGGGAACUUCUGCAUUUGUGAAACUGGAUUCUUCAACAACAAGGAGAAAACAGCAAUCACCUAUCCUGGGGGCCAGUGUGAUGAUAUUGAUGAAUGUCUCCAUAGCCCUUCCAGCUGUUCUCCCCCUGCCAUCUGCACUAACACUCCCGGCAGCUACUUGUGCACUUGCAGAACUGGGAAAAGAGAACCUGCAAUAAGCAAAAGGGGCAAAAACAACCUGGGUGGAUAUUAUAUAAUUCCAAGGCUUAGAGCUGUUACACAGUGCAAAAGGCAGACGUUGGUGUGUCCGGAACACUCAACCUGUGAGCCGACCCCGUGGGGAGACUUCUGCAUCUGUAAAGAGGGAUUCUACAACACCAAGGACAGGUCCAUUGUCACCUACCCUGGGGGGCGCUGUGCUGAUAUAGACGAAUGCACCAAACAUCCGUCCUACUGUCAAGCCCCAUUCAUCUGUAACAACACCCUGGGGAGCUACACGUGUACCUGUCCCUAUGACACUGCUGAAAAUGAUACAACUGUCCCCAUUCCCAAUGCAGAUAUUAAUGAGUGUCUCAUGGAUCCUUCUAUUUGCAAACCUCCUAUGGUCUGUAGUAAUAAUACUCCAGGCAGUCAUAUGUGUGGAUGCGACACUGGGUAUUACAAGAGUUUCAUUGGCCAGAAUGGAAUCAACAUAACUUUAUGUUUAGAUAUUGAUGAAUGUGUCAGUAACCGAUCCCUCUGCCAACCUCCCGCUCUCUGCACUAACACUCCAGGGAGUCACUCGUGUAGCUGCCCUACUGGGUAUAUCAAGCAGAACAUUAGCAAACAUGGAGACAACCGCAUCACUUGUACAGAUAUCGAUGAAUGUGUAGGAAGCCCACCUGUGUGUAAACCCCCUGCUGUCUGCAGCAAUACCCCCGGCAGCUACCUGUGCACUUGCACCUCUGGGAAUGUGGAACUCGCAAUGAGGAAAAGAUAUAAAACUGUUAUAAAGGGCAAAGGUGGGUAUUACAUCCCCCUGAGACUCAGACACGCCCCGCGGUGUAAAAGGCAGGGCCCCAUGUGCCCAAAUCACUCAGCCUGUGAGCCCACCCAGUGGGGAGACUUCUGCAUCUGUAAAGAGGGAUUCUACAACACCAAGGAGAGGUCCAUAAUUACCUACCCUGGGGGAAAAUGUGAUGAUAUAGAUGAAUGCACCAAGCACCCUUCCUUCUGCCAAUCCCCAUUCAUCUGUACCAACACCCUGGGGAGCUACACAUGUACCUGUGCCAAUAGCAGUGCAGAAGAUGUUCCUGACACAGCCACUAGUAUGGCCACUGCAGAUAUUGAUGAAUGUCUUUAUCACCCGUCACUGUGCAAGACACCAUCUGUUUGUACUGAUGUUCGGGGUCGGGGUGGGUACCGCUGUGUGUGCCCCGCAGGCUAUAAUGAGAGUGUCAGUAAAAGAGACAAUCAAACUACUUGUUUAGAUAUUGAUGAAUGUGUUAGUAAACGUUCCCUCUGCCAACCUCCGGCCAACUGCACUAACACUCCAGGGAGUUACAUUUGUACCUGUCCUGCUGGGUAUAUCAAGCGUAAGGUUGGCAAUAACUUCACCACUUGUCAAGAUAUAGACGAAUGUAUUAGGAGCCCUUCUGUCUGUAAGCCCCCGGCUAACUGCACUAAUACCCCCGGCAGCUACUUGUGCACUUGCACUGCUGGGACCAUUCAACCUGCAAUGACCAGAAAGCUGGGCAGUAUCAUCUCAGGCCUGGGAGGUUAUUAUAUUUCUCCCCGGUUCAGGCAUGUUCCACAGUGUAGGGGAAGCUUCCCGGUGUGCCCAUUGCACUCAUCUUGCCAGUCCACAAACUGGGGAGCCUUCUGCAUCUGUAAUAAUGGAUUCUACAACUACAAGGAGAAGACAAUAAUCACUUACCCCGGGGGGAAGUGUGAAGAUAUUGAUGAAUGCACCAAACCUUCCUCCUGCCAAGCCCCAUUCAACUGCACCAACACCCGAGGCAGUUACACGUGUGCCUGUCCCAAUGGGACUUCUGAUCCGCAUCACCACGGGAGAUGAAUUUCGGUUGUUUUCAUUGGGGGUCAGUGUGUUUCCCCGUUGUAUGAUCCAUCCUUGCGGCUUGUUAGAUGAUUGUAUUCCUGUUUCUAAUCAAAGAAAGUGUGACACAUUUAUUAUUAAAUGAUGUACUUUCAGUGUUAUUUAAUCACUUAUGUAUUAAACCUUAUAUUGCUUAUGA